UGUGGCUCUGGGAAGAGAGAGACAUAUAUUCUCUUCUAACACUGCCUCUGGAGCACAAUAUCAAAUAAAAUAUUUCUAGAGACUCAGAAAAGGUUCAAACUGCUGUCCAGCAGAAAUUCUAUCGCCUGCUCCAUCCACCCUUCUCCAGUCCUGAUCUCUGCUGCAGCUGGUCCCCAGCAUAAGUGGUGCCUGAACAGGAGACCUGAAAUACUCAAUAAAAAAUAUGCAUUAUUGAAAACAUGUUGUGCUCAACAUUGGAUAUGAUAAAGGACAUGACAUUAUUCCCAUUAUUGUUGUUCCUGGUUGCUGUAUUGCCCACAUCCCUUCCUCAAGAUGACUAUGAGAAUAAAAAUUUUGAGGAUUUGACAACCACUAAAUUGUCAGUCCAAGAAGAGAUUGUAAACAAGCACAACCAACUGAGAAGAAUGGUUUCUCCACCUGGUAGUGACUUACUAAAGAUGCAAUGGAGCAAUGAUGCCAGAGUGAAUGCACAGAGAUGGGCAAGCCAGUGCACUUAUGAACACAGUGCUCUAGAAGCCAGGACCACCAACUUAAUAUGUGGUGAGAAUAUCUUCAUGUCAAGUUACCCAGCAUCAUGGUCUCGUGCAAUCCAAACCUGGUAUGAUGAAGCCAAAGAUUUCAAGUUUGGUUCAGGCCCAAAAUCACCUAAUGCAAUAAUUGGACAUUAUACUCAGAUUGUUUGGAAUACAUCUUACCAAGUUGCCUGUGGAGUUGCUAAGUGCUAUGGGGAAUUACUGAAAUUCUUAUAUGUUUGUCACUAUUGUCCUCCUGGUAAUUUUGUAAGAAGGCAAUACAUACCUUACACAAUAGGACAACCGUGUGCCCUUUGUUCUGAUCACUGUGAUGAUGGACUAUGCACAAAUAUGAAUACUUGAAUAUUCAGUAAAUGUGAAUAUGAAGAUAAGUAUUCUAACUGUGCAGAAUUGAAGGCUUCACUAACCUGUGAAUAUCCAAUGGUUAAACACGAGUGCAAAGCUACAUUCAACUGUGAAGGCAAAAUUCAUUAAAUUUCUAGUACAAAUGAACAGGGCUAUGUGAAGAAAGAGCACCUCCUCUACUUAGGCUAGUUACAUUCCACUAGAAAAUUUGAGGUAUAGAUACAUUGAAAUGAUUCCAAACAGUAAACAUUCCUUUCUUCUGUAUCAUUCUAUUUAGUAGAAAUAUUUUACAUCCAAAGAUUUUGAAAUAACAUAAUCAAUAAUACCUUUGGACCUUAACCUCUGAAUUCUGUGACACAUUUAUUGAGUUGAGUCAAGCCCAAGGUUAUACUGUUUGACUGUAUGACUAAGGUCACUGAAAAAUCCAUCCAGAAAAUAAGAAUCAGGCUCCAAGAGCACAAUGGAGUAAAGGAACAGCAUAUACUUCCACUGUAACUGUCAGUCAUCUUUCCUAGCUCUACCUAGCUAACUAUAUCUGAAAACAAAUCCCCAUUAGCUUUCUUUGAUUUCUUCCCAACAUUUGCUCUUCUUCACAUGCGCCGGAAUUAGUGGUUCAAAUUCUAAACUUCAAUUUACAUUUUAGUUUUUGGGUUUUUCAAGCACCUUAUAAAAAUUUAACUUAAUGAAUAGAAAUUGCAUGUCCAAGUGAUUGCACUGACCUUGAUUGUUCUAAAAAAUUUAAAUAAAUCUUACUAUUUGCAUAUUAA